AUGGCUGAAAAUCACUCGGAACAAGUUUCAACAUACCUUCCACUACACGUCAUAGAAAUAAUCCUAUUAAAUUUACCCGCCAAAUCUCUUCUUCGAUUCAAAGCCGUCUCGAAAUCAUGGAAUACGAUGAUCUCCGAUCCCGUAUUCGUCCGAAAUCAUCUCCACCAAUCUAAAGCUUCAAACUCGCAGAAUCUUUUUCUAUGUGACUUUACAUUCAAUUAUAAUAGUGGAAAGUUUUGUUUGGUUAAAAUCGACGAAGAUCGAACAUUACGAUCUUUAGAUGUCCUGAAAAGCCCUCGUGGCUUCAACAUGCGCGUCUUAUGCUAUUGUGAUGGCGUUCUACUAUUCACAAGUGACGACGAAACACCAAGUGGCGUGGAAUUUGUGUUGUGGAAUCCAUCUACUCGAACGCAGACAAUUUUUCGGCUCCCAUUCGAAUUAAAUACUGAUGAUAAGUGUUACGGGCUUUGCAACUGGUACGGGCUUUGUCAUGAUCCGAUAAUCGGCGAUUUUAAGGUUGUUGUGAUAUGUUCGAAUCACUACGCGGUUUAUUCGUGCAAGAACAAAGCCUGGACGAUGAAAAAAGAAUUCGGAGACACUUUUGGAGUAGCUUAUCAUCCGGGAGUUUUUGUCGAUGGGGUUGUCUAUUGGUUAAAGAUGGAAAAGGACGAACGUCGAUAUAAACUAACAUAUUUCGACCCCAAAGAUGACGAGUUCAAGAUGGCGAACGACGAGCACGGUAUUUUCAAAGUCCAAAGACCUACUUAUAACAUGAUUGAUUUCGGAGGCCGUUUGUGCGUGUAUAGUUACAAACAAGGAGACAAGGUUGUUCAUAUUUGGAUAAAGGAAAAGGGCGUGGACAAUAAUUCCUGGAAGGAGUUGAUAACCGUUGAGAAUGUCGAGAGGUUCGCUUCGUAUUUUGUACCAAUGUGUUUCGUAGAAAAUAAGAUUGUCGUUCGAUUGCGCGGGACAACAGUUGUGUUGUACAACUCUUCUGAGAAGACGUUUGAAGAAUUUGAAGACACCACACAUUAUUUCGACUUUCUAUCUGUUCCGUAUGUGGAAAGUCUAAUAUCUCCUAACACAUUUUUUAGGCCUAAGAGGAAGAGGAAUUGUUUGCAAUAG